UCAACAAUCUUUUCAUUUGCACCACGUAAAAGGUUCAUCAUCGCUUAUGUUUGUCCGUGUUUUCCUCUAAUUUUGCUCUUGAAAUCGAGUGCAUUCCCGGUAAUUGAGUAGUGGCGGUUCUGUUUUCUGCAAGCUCACCAAUCCCGGUCCAAGGGAAAUCCGGGUGGCCAAUAUGAAAAUCCACUUCCGUGAACAGUACGGAUCAACGGGGGAGGAAAUUCUCUACGUGACACCUGAUAACCAAGAUGCAGUCGUCCGAGUGAAUGUGAAAGGUGAACGACCGAGGCUGCGGAAGCGACUGAGUUUAAAGCGAUUUUUCCAAAACCUGUUCCUCCCGGCUGGUUAUCCGGACAGCGUAAGCGGAGACUACCUGGCUUACCAGAAGUGGGACACCGUGCAGGCCUUCUGCAGUACGAUUAGUGGCACACUAACAACACAUGCGAUUUUGAAAGGUGUCGGAGUGGGUAGCGACGUGGCUAAUCCACUUUCCGCCACCAUUACAUGGGUGCUCAAGGAUGGAAUGGGCCACUUUGGACGAAUUAUCUUUGCCUGGUGGAAAGGGACGGAUUUGGAUAUCGAUUCGAAAAAAUGGCGCAUUCGAGCGGACAUUUUGAAUGAUGUGGCAAUGGGCAUCGACCUGUUCGUGCUGCCGUACUAUCCGAAAGCUUCGACGUUCAUUCUCUGUGCGACAACCACGAUGAAGGCCAUCGUUGGUGUAGCCGGUGGUGCCACCAGGUCCGCUUUAACGCAGCAUCAUGCCAUCCGGGGUAAUCUGGCCGAUGUGGCAUCGAAGGACAGUGCACAGGAAACGUGUGUCAAUCUGAUUGCUUCGUUUGCUGGAUUAUUUCUGCUGACGCAUGUACAGGAUCAAAAAGUUUUAUACGGAUUAUUUCUGUUUGUAACCUUGUUGCAUAUCUACGCUAAUAUUAAAGCAGUUAAAGCCGUCUGCUUGCGCACCUUCAACGAGGCUCGCUAUCUUAUUGCCCUGGAAGAGUAUUUUAAGUCUGGGAGGAUGCUCUCGCCGCAACAGGUCAACAAGCUGGAGCGGGUGACCAUCGGACAAACGGUUACGCUGACGGCCAGGGUCAAGAUAGGCUGCUCCGCUCGAGAGCUUGCUCAGUACUAUCGCGUCUGUUACGACCUGGAGAAUUUGAUGGCAUGUUUCGAUUCGCGAGACAAAUUUCUCAUUGCGGAAACCCGAAACUACGUCGGAGUUUAUCUACACUUCACUUCAAAACCGAUGGACAUCAUAAAAGCAUACUUCUACGUGGCUUCGUACUUGCAGGACAAAAAUCAGCUACGUGAUCGCUACUGGGAGAUCCAGAACAAGUGGAACGAGUUCCUCAAUCUAGCCCAGUGCGAGGGUUGGAACAUUCAGGCGCAUCUACUCAAAACCGAUGAGUACCGACUGGACUGGAGGAUAUAAAAGGUAAUGCUAGGUCAUAAAUGAGUCUUUUGCGGCACCUCGACGGAUGAAAUUUUAAUAUAACCACUUUUAGAAAGUAACAAACCGAUAGAUUUUAGCGGGAAAAUUGCGCAAUUACGAAAAUAUAACUUUAAAACCUUCCAAUUUUUUGAACAACCGACAAAUGAGCGACUAUUAGGGUGCCAAAGAAGCAAUCUAGUCUCAAUUAACAUAUAACUAAAGUGGACAGCAUUUUGGACCAAAAGCGAAGGCAGUUCAAAUCCAAAUAACACAAAACUAAUAAUCGAAACAUCGAAAUGUGUUUUUAGAUCUUAGGAGAGUUGUCUCGCAAAUUGAUAUUCUACAACCAACAAUUUUAGGGA